GACAUUUUUCUGUGGGCGAUUUCCGGUCUCGCAGUUGGACUUGCAUUCCUAUUCGUAGAUGUUGAUUAGCGUGUUUAGCUUAUCGGGAACAUGUCGUUAAUGAAGACUCGGCAGUUGUUCUCUUGGUGUUUCUUGAGACAGAUGACACCCCUGCACACUGUCCCUCUCCGACUCAACUCCAACAGGACAUCAGUGGUCCGCUGCAACCGACACAAAUAUGAACGUUUGUACUCAGUGAUGCUGGUGAGGAAAGACGGCUCCACCAUCAACAUCAGAUACAAAGACCCCAGACGUAUUCUCAUGAUGCCUGUGGAUCUGUCCACGUUGUCUGAUGAGGAACGUCGUAGUCGACAGAAAAAACGAGAAGUGAAGAAGGAGGUUAAAGAGACGACGGUCCACUAUGAGGAUGACUUCAAAGCUGACAAGUACAGUCAGUUCUGGAAGAAGAAAUAGUUGUGGGUUUUUUUAAGACUCUAUGUGUCUAUAUUUGUAUGAGGCACAUGAUUAUGGUUGUAAGGCAAUUGUCCCAUAUUACUUUGUGUUUUUUGGAUUUGUUAGAAUAAUAAAAUAUUUUAAAACAUUGCAUAUUUCAUCAUCACUUCUCCUUGAGAAUGUCUUAAUGGAUAUAAAUAAAUCUUAAUGGAUAUAAAUAAAUAUCUGAAUAAGACUGUAUUAAAGCUUUAUUUA